UAAUGACGCAUAGCGAUUGUGGAAUCAUUUAUUUCCUUUGAUAACAUAAAACUUUCUCCUCCCUUGUAUAAAUAAGUGAAUAAAGUUAAAUCGUUUCACCAAGAUAUUUGUUAGAAAAUUUCUCUGUGGUUUGAAGUGAAUGAUAUUUGAUUAAAUUCACGUACUCUACGGGAGUCCACUUGUUGUUUUCUUUUCAAGACCGGCUUUUAAGAUGUGGAAAGCAGCAACAGAUGUGACAGCCCCAGCACCAGCGGAGGCUGACGAUUGGGAGACGGACCCUGACUUUGUGAACGAUGUUAGCGAACAUGAACAGAGAUGGGGUCCUGGUGGACGGAAUGUGGAAGCUAUUGAUAUGGCGAGACUUAGAGAAGAAGUUCUGGAGGAAGAUAAGCAAAUAAAGAAGAAGCAGUAUGAACAAGGACCAAAGCCAUCUUUUGGAUAUGGUGGAAAAUUUGGUGUUCAAGAAGACAGAAUGGAUAAAUCAGCGGUUGGUCAUGAUUAUGUUGGAAAAACUGAGAAACAUGUUUCACAGAAGGAUUAUGCUCAAGGCUUCGGUGGUAAGUUCGGUGUACAGAGUGACAGGAUGGACAAGUCAGCGGUGGGACACGACUACGUGGGCAAGGUAGAGAAGCAUGUCUCUCAGACUGACUACGCUCAGGGCUUCGGCGGCAAGUACGGCGUGCAGACUGACAGAGUUGAUAAGAGUGCAGCAGGGUGGGAGCACAAGGAGGAGGUGGAGAAGCACCCUUCGCAGAAGGACUACGCGGUAGGGUUCGGGGGCAAGUUUGGUGUUCAGAGCGACCGCAAGGACGCCGCCGCACUCGGCUGGGACCACCACGAGGCACCGCAACAUCACCACUCGCAGACAGACUACGCGAUCGGUUUCGGCGGCAAGUUCGGUGUGCAGAGUGACAGGCAGGACGCCUCCGCCCUCGGCUGGGACCAUGUGGAGCGCGCGCCCGCACACGCCAGCCAGCUCGACCACAAGAAGGGUUUCGGUGGUAAGUUCGGUGUGGAGUCUGACAGAGUGGACAAAUCUGCCCACAGAUUUGACGAAGUGGGCAAAGUGGGCACCAACUAUACAAAACAGAAGCCAGACAUUGGCGGCGCGAAGCCAUCCUCAAUACGAGCCAAGUUUGAGAACAUGGCCAAGGAAAAGGAACAGGAGGCACUGCAAUCCGUGCAGAAGAUAAGACAGGAGAGACAGAUGAUGGACAAAGAGUUAACACAGAAGGAAAAAGAUAAAGUAGUCGUAGAUAAAGAAGAUGAACCACAGAUACAAAUGCAAAAAGAAGAACCCAAAAUAAUAAUACCCAAACAAAUACAACGCGAAACAACUACGGAGGCAGUUAAACAGAUAGAAGAGAAGAUAGAAACAGAGAAGAGAGAAUUAAGAGAGAUACAGAAAGAAGAAGAAGUUAAGUUAACAAACUUACCGGAUGUUACAUUGGUUGGAGAAGGAACAGAACAUAAAGAAGAAAAAGAAGAGAGCCGGCAGCCCACUAUAGUGGUGUCCCCCGUGGGGUGGGAGGGAGGUGAAGGCGGCGAGGGGGAGGGCGAGGGAGGGGAGGAGGAGGAGGACGGGUACACGGCGCGCGCGCUCUAUGACUACCAAGCUGGCGCACCAGACGAGAUCUCCUUCGACCCAGACGACCUCAUCACGAACAUCGUUAUGAUCGACGAGGGAUGGUGGCAAGGUCUAUGUAAAGGUGCAUACGGCCUCUUCCCCGCUAACUACGUGCAACUGCAGGACAAAUAAAUACAUUCCAAAUGAAAAUGAACUUUAUGUUACAAAGAAUAAGGCUUCCUUUAGCUUGAUAAGAAAUGGAAUUUUCUAGAUCAGUGUUACUUUUUUUUUUAAUCUGUUCUAAAUUCGAAAAGUGUUCUUAUGAAACAUGUUAUCUCUGUUCUUUUCAUAGAAAUAGAAAGGGAUGACAUAUUUACUAUAGUCUAGUCGCGGAGGACGAAGAAUUUCGUACUUUGAACUCGCAUUACCUGUCUCUGUCACUCCCGCGUAAAUACAAUGAGUCUCGCUCGCACAGAUACAAUGGCUGCCGUCCUCAGGGAUUGUAAACCUUUUACUGGAGACUAUAAGGUUUGUUCUUUUGUAAUAAAUGUGACAGGCGAGACGUCUUCGGAAAACAGUUACUCCGAUACAGAGGAAUCCGAUUCUGAUUUUUUAUUUUUUUUAUUUUUUUAU